AUGAGCUCAAAGCAUAGAACUUCUCGCUUCCACUCUCAAAGUAGUUUCCCACCCAAUUACAAUUCUCUGCCACCUGGAUCUCGAGCUCUCAAACAAACCAGUCACACAUUCAUCUCACCCUGUAACCUCCGAUCGAUCGACGACGACGACGAUAACUCUCAGGUGCCAGGCAAGGCCCGGAUUCAUAUAGAUUCUCUGACUCCAGAGAUACGACCGGAACUCACUGUGGCAGGUUCGACAGGAUUAGACAAAGAUACUAUAAAAGCUAUUGAAGGUUCAGAACACUGGGUAUGGUAUGGUAUUCAAGUCAUCUUGCCCGAUCCUCCCUCUUCUCGUUCUAAUGGUGAUUCAUGUAUUAUUGGAUACCUCAAAAUGGACGAACAAACCCAUUCUGAGUUACUAAAAGCUUCAAAAGCCAAUGAACGAUUCAGCUGUGAGAUCGACGUAACCCGACUAAACUUAGGUGAACAACCGAAAGGGACGAAGUACAGUGCACCGGAAAGAGAGACCGUGAUGAGAGAAUUCACGUUCGAACCUGGACAUGCACUUGUACAGCCAAUCCACGGUAUGGUGAAUGGAUUUAGAUCUACUUUACCUGGAUUUUCGGGGAUGGGGUUCCCUGAUGAUGAUAAACAAGGUAAAGACGGUUGGUUUGGAGAAAUUGAGAUGUUGACUAAAAUAAACUGUUAA